AUGGAAGCUGCUUUAGGGCUAGAUCUUAGUUCUCUUCUAACGCAGCUAGCUGCCACGCAACAGGCCUUGUCUGCAGCAAAGCUUUCAGAGAGAAAUGUUGUGGAACUUAUCAAUAAGCUGCGGCAAUUGGGCAUUCUUUCUGAAGGGGAAUUACUUCAUACAUUAAACGGCAAGGAGUACCUGACGGUCGAAUGCCUGCGCAGCGAGAUACAGAAUGCGUUGCGCCAGGCAGGUGGUCGCCUGUCGCUCGUGGAGCUGCCGACUAUUGUCGGCGUGGAUUAUGUUCACUGCGAACGACAGGCCUCCGUAAUAGUUUCGGAAAGCGGUGGCACGGUGAUGGAGGUCCAGGGGGAACUGAUCACGACACAGUACUUCGACGCUAUCGCAGCAGAGAUUAACGACCAGCUGCAUGAGGCAGGUCAACUUAAUAUUGGAGAGUUGGCGGCGCAGUACGGGCUGGCCACGGAAAUGGUGCUGAACAUGGUGUCGAUGCGGUUGGGUUCAACAAUUACCGGGCGUCUGGAGGGCGGCCUGCUGUACACACAGUCAUACCUGCGUGCCAUUAAGGCACAGCUGCGCGGCGCUCUGAGGGCGGCAGCAUCGCCUGCGCUGGUGCUCAACCUGAUGCGCGACGCAGGCUUGGGCGCCACCGGUGACGCGGCGUCCGCAGGAGGCGGCGGCGGGGGGGCCGGCCUGGCCGCAGCGCUCGCCAGCAGCGGGGGCGGCGGCGUCAUUGCCACGCUUAUUGAGGAGCUGGUGCAGGAAGGCGCUCUCCGCGGCGCCCUGAAAGGUGGCGGCACCAGUUGGGCACCUGCUGUGUACGGCGAGGUACAGCAGGAUGCAGUGGCAAGUUUCUACAGCCAAAAUGGAUGGGUUGCGUACGACACAGUGCGCCGUAAAUUCACCCCCAUACUCAUCCGUGAUGUCCCCGAACCCUCCUAUGCGCCUAGCCUGGGAAUUUCCAACGAGCGGUCCUACUUGCGUGGCACCUUUCCCGACGGCCUUCCCCUGGAGUCGGCCUUCGUGUCGCCUUCCCUGCUGGCGGCGCUGGAGGCAGCGGUGGAGGACGUGGCGGCAGCGGCCAGCACUGGCUCUGGCGUCGGUAGCGGCGGCGGCGGAUGGGUGGAUGUGGCGCCGCUGCUGCCUAGCGUGCUGAGUGAGGCUGACGUGGCAGCGCUGCUGGGGCGGAUUCCUUUGCUCCGAGACCAGGAGCGACGACCGGCCAAGGAGCGGAAGGUGCACGUGGAAAAAGCAGAUGCGGAUGCACGCACGGCUGCUCAUAAGGCCCUGCAGGAGCGCAAGGCCAGCAGCGGUGCCGCCGGGACGGCCGGUGCCGGCGGCGGCGGCAGCGGCGCGGGUGCGGCGGCAUUACCCGACUGGUUUCCGGAAAUGGACUGGGGGGGCGUUGACGACGGCAAAGCGGAGGCGGUGGCGCAGCUGCUCCUUCCCGGCGCUGUUGCGGCGUACGAGGAGGCCCUCCAGGCUGCCUUCACCGCGGGUGCUGAGGAGCGUCGUCGCGCAAAGGAGUCCCUUGCACGUCAGUUCGAGGAAAGCUGCACUCGGUUGCUUCUGUACGGUGCGGGCGUGGAGACCUAUGCAGAUGACGAGGCGACCUAUACCGCGCUUCAGCGACAUGCCCUUCGAACGACAGGUGCGGAGUGUGUGGACCUGCUGUACCGCUGGGCCCGAGUGGAGCACCCGCCAGAGGGGGCGGAGCAGAGCGCAGCGGCAGGGGGCCCGGCUUCGGUGUCUGGCAAUGGUCCCGGCUUCCUGACGGCUGCGGAGGUGAAGCAGGUGCUGCGGUCGGUUCCUCCAGAUGUGGCCGAAGGCCUUGCGGCGGCUGCAGACGCUCCAGGGGCAGCCACGGUGCGAGAUGCGGAGGUGCUUCUGGAUCGGGCGGCGGCGGCUGUGGGCGUGAGGGCUAAAAAGCUGGACAAGAAAGGCGAGAAGGCCGCGCUGGCGGCUCUGCGCGAGCGGUUGCUGUCCUCCCUGGCUUCCGAGGUGGACCCACCUGCUGCCCUGACUCUCAUGGUGCCCCUAGCCAACAUGCGGAUCAUGGGCAAGGCCGUUACACUGCCCGGCAAGGCUCUCGGGCAGGUGCUGUCCCGACUCCAGCAGGCGGCGGAGGAGGGCUCGGAGCUGGCAGCGCUGGUACGGGGACUAGGGGAGCUGCAUGAAGGCGUCGUGGAGUACCUCAAGGCGCAGUCUGGGGGUUCCGCCGCGGCGACUACCACGGGGGCGAUGCUGGAGCGGCUGUCUGCGAUGUUGCCGCAACUCAAGGCGGGGCUGGGGCUGCAAGAGCAGCACCAGUAGCUGUAUUCAGCUGCUGCAGUAGCUGUAACUGGCCAGGGAACAGCUU